GGAGCAUUAUGUUUAGAAGGAAUAUGCAGGAUUGGGAGUUUAAUGACCUGAUCAAACUACUACAGACUCUACAGAGUUUCUCUCUCAACACUCAGGCAACAGAUCAGUUCAAAUGGGGUACUACAGGAGACGGGAAUUACACAGUGAGUGCAGCCUACAAGCAGUCAAGAGCAUUUAAUGCAGUCACUGACCACUGGCCAUGGAAAUUAAUUUGGAAAAUCAAGCUACCGCCCAAGAUCGUCUGUUUUUGCUGGACUGCACUAUAUGAAGCAUGCCUAACUCAAGACAACCUCUAUAAAAGGAAACGCAUCAUUGUGAAUGGAUGCUACUUAUGUCAGAAAGCAGCAGAGAGCAAUAGGCACCUUUUUCUGCAUUGUACUGUUACAGCAAAAUUGUGGAACAUGUUUUACUCUUUUUUUGGACUCAGUUGGGUCAUGCCACAUAGUAUCAAAGAAGCUUAUGAGAGUUGGUGUUGCUGGAAAGUUGACAGCACCAUCAAACAGACUUGGAAGAUGAUACCUGCAGCAAUUUUUUGGAGUAUUUGGAGGGAAAGGAACAGAAGAUGUUUUGAAGGUCUAUCAACUCCUUUACAUUCUCUCAAAGCGGAAUGCCUUAUGUGUCUGUACAGUUGGGUUAAUUUGUCCUAUGUAGAUUCCCUGGAUAGUUUUUCAAAUUUUGUUGGCUCCUUAGUUUUAGCAUAAUUGUACUUGAGCCAGCAGACCAACUGUUUUUGCUUCUACUUUUGUAACUAAUUUGCAUCUUCUUGAUGCCUUCAAUGGAACAUUUACUUCAUCAAAAAAAAAAA